AUGAAGCAACUCGGAGCGGAUCAUGCUCUUAUUGGUCCUGCCAAUGAAUUUAAAGGUGAAAUCAUGAACACCGUCGGCAUUACUGGUAUUGGAGUUGUGGCAAAACUAAGCUACGUGGUGGAGGAAUGUUGCAAGAACUUGCGAGACAAGAAUGAGGCCGAAGAUCCAAAAACAACUGUUGUUACUGUCGAGCAUACCAAUUACCAUCCAUCCAUUAAGCCUGCGCCAAUAUUCUACGUCGAGUAUUGUGUGCGCCCAUAUAAAUACCUUUCGGGUAUUCCGAGAAUUCUCAAGCUUGGUCGUGAGGCCAUCUUCCAUGGCUAUCUCAAAGAUUACAACGAAGAAACUCGUUGCUAUAUUGUAAUUGCCAACAGAGUGUCAACGACCUCGGGUCAUCGGGACGGCACGGAAUUCGAACACAAAGCCGUUAAGGCCGAAGGCGUUCAAAAUGGAUCAGGUCGCCCGAAACCAAAAAAGUUUACUCCAAAGCCCGUCACCGCACCAUUCAAAUCACCAAUGAUUGCUACUGAGCCUGCUAAUGAUCCUCAACCAAGACCAGCGGAACACCCCACCGCAUCGAUGUCGGAGUCGGCCUCAGGUAGCGAAUCUGAAAUAGCUCUCAGCAAGGUACCUAGCAAAAAGAAGCGCCCAGCGGUCGUCGCUGGUAACAAAAGACCUCGAGCCCGCCCCGCGAGAAGAACCUCAAGUAGCACUACCCUUGACUUGACCAACUGAAUUUAAAUUGAAGAUCAUCAUGAUCAUGUUUUGAUUUCUUGCUCUACGGCAUGAAUCAAUCAUCGGGGCAAUGAUGAAAUAUACUUCUUCCGGAAUACAAUUCCCUUGAUUUCCAUAAACCGAAUUGUGAUAGAUAUUGAAGAUAGUGUGAAAUCCCCAAAAAUUAUUUCCUAAAAUUACUACAAAUGAAAUCAUCUUAACUUUUUUCUUUUGUGACGUAUGUUUGGAAGUACAACUCUGUUCUCCUGUUAUUGUCCUGGGCAUCAAUUUCAAUAUAUGCAGAGCCAACAAUGUAAUUUCACAAACGUGCCAAUUUUUGGG